CACCCACCACAGAGAUAGUUCAGGUUAUGUUGAGUUUAGGAAAAAAAAAUAAAAUCGCAAACCAGAGGAUACUAAAUUUAUCACACAUAGUGAAGCACUGCAAGUAAACAUGAUAUGCUGAAAAAAGUGCUUUUUUUCUCUAUUCUAAACAAGUUGGGUUUGUUUCUAAAACUUUGUAAGGGCUUGCAAGUCUCCAGAGUUUCCUCAUUCAUGCAGGCAGUCCCAUUAGAACAAGACUUACAAUAAAACCACCUCUAGAGCCAAGGUUUCUAGGAUAAGUACAAAUGGGAAGAUCUGUUAUUAUUUUUGAAAAGCAGUAAAACAUCAAGUUGCCUAGUGAGAAAAUGCAGUGUUCUGCCUGGAAAGGUUCAAGGCUUGAGUUCAGAAAACUGGGUCAUUAACAAAAAAGUCUUGAAACAGAACAAGAUUUCCUACUUGGACCCCUCCCUAUUUGAGUGGUUUCAUACCUCAUUAUAUUCCAAAAAGCUUGAUCAUUUUAAAAGUGAAACUUUUCUGAGUUUAUUGAAAACAGAUGGAAAUUCAUCAAGGGGCUGAGAUAGAAAAAAGCUUUAAUGAAGAUCUAUUUAAGCAAUACUUUAAAUAAAUCAAUCAUUUGUCUGAGAAACCACAUCCAUCAGAAAUAUAAAUAAUUAUAUAAUGAACACAUAAACUACAUUUCCUGAAGUAAUUCCUGUCUUGCUACAUUUCCUGAAUUAUUUGUAUUAUGAAACAGUGGUGGGGCACCAUUAAUUGAUACACACUCAGUGCUAUAGUUACUGCAAUAACUGCAGCUCUCCAGGCCCUCGACUCCGCUCCUCCAGCCCUUUAACAAUUGGGAUUGAUUGCACAGGAGCUAUUUUUAGAAUGGAAUGGCAGAAGACUUUGGAGAGCAGCAGACAUUUUUGUGAGUGCUACAGCUGUUUUGGGGAAAAAAAAAAAAAAAAAAAGUUGAAUAAAAAUGUUCAGAGUUGUCUUUUUGGAUUUUUUUUUUUUUUCCCCUGAAGUCAGAGCUUCCUAUUGGAUAACUGAUAUUGUAUCAAGUUGAAACUGAGGUCAGUGGUGCGUGGCACAGAGGACAAGGCUCGGUGACAUUGUUCUCAGAAGAGGAGCAGCUUUUCUUUGGAAAUAGGAUUGCUAAGGUUGACAGUAGAUGAACUCUGCUGGGCUGGGUUCCGUGGAUGGGCAAUGUAGGAAUCAAGUUUGCAGUUUAAAAUACAAUGAUGAAAGGCAAGAUUCACGAUUGAUUUGAUGGGGUUAUUUCCCCAGCUCUGAAGUGGAGCAGUUAAAUGUUUCUUAGGGAUUGUAGGUCUGCUUCCAAGAAUGCUUUAGCUGAGAACAAGUGGCAAAUAUCCACAAGGGACAGCUGAUGCUCAAAAGGUGUGACUGGGAGGAAACACCCAUUCAGUUCAUCCCAGUUUGGCCUUUUGUUAUCCCAUCCUGCUCCCUGCCUUGCAAGAGUUCAGCUGGGCUAGAUAAACAACUGGACAGGCCUUUGUUGCUAAUCUGGUAUAUGAAAUCAGGGCUGUCAUCGUCUCUGAGUUUGUACAAUAGGAGGCAAGGCUUGGAAGAAGGAAAACAAGCAGAAAUAUGUAGGAAGAAGGAUAACCAGCUUUAUAACUGAGAAAAAACCCCCAAACCGCAAGGGGACAAGCCUGUUUUACCUUUGUAAAGUAUUAGUAACCUAUCACCCUUUUCAGAGUUAAUGGCAUCAACAGCAGUAAUACCUUGGCACUGUUACACUGCACUGCAUCAGCAAAUUUGAAGUGUUGUACUAAGGGAGUGACUGUCCCCAUUUAGCUGUGGAAGUGAAUGAUUUGGCUGUGGUUGCUCAGAAGCUUGGCAGAGUUUGGGAGAUAAUCCCUGUUUCAUGCCUUCAGCUGCUUUUCCUUUUUCAAUGGGAUGCCAGAAAGCAUUAUGGACUCACACACCGGUAAUGUGUCAUUACUUCAUAUCUGCUAAUUCCCCUGGACAUGAGAAAUGCACCCUUGGUAAGUGCCACCCAUCUUUGUAUUCCUUCAGAGAAAGCAUACAAAGAAUAUACUUCAGUUUCUACAGUAAUAGCUUACAAUACUGGUUUGCAUUAAAAAAGAACAAAAAAAACCCCCCCAAAAUUGAAGUUGUUAAUCUUGUCUGAAUAUGCUGCAAGAAAUUCUCUAGCAUCUUUCUGUCACUGAAUAUAUUCCAGUCUUUAAAAGGGUAAAUUUUAGAAAUUAUUGGAUGAUAAAUUAAGUUAGGUACAAUAAUUUCAUAUUAAUAUGAAAUAUAUAACUUGUUUUAUAUAAGCUUGUUUUACUGUAAUCUCUGUUCUUCCUCAAGGUAAGUGCAACUUGCCCUAAAACUUACACAUUACCAUUAGGUAAAUAACUCUCCCCUGUUGAUUUCCAUCUGGCUUCUCAAUGCAGCUGGAAUCUGGCUUCCACUCAAAAGUCUUGGAAUUGGGAGACUUUGUCACCUCAUUUGGUGACAUGCCACCUCAGAGGCAUUACCAGCACAAAUUCCAAAAUUUGGUCUAAUGCUGGAGGGGGUUUUGGGGUAUGCUUUGUAAAAUAAUCUGUGUUACAAUGAGCCACUGUUUUGAAGAGAAUUAAUAGAAGAAUGUUUUCCUGGUACUUCUGUCUUCACAGAACACAGUGACAUCUUGUGGCAUGGGGAAGGCUGGUGUCAUUUUUUUCCAGAUGCACCCUCAUUUCAUCAGGUUUAUGGAUGAAAGUCUAAACAAAUUCUGGACAACUGCUAAUGCAUUAUUACUUCCAUCUGUAAUAUUCACUCUUUCCAAAGAUUUUUUUUAAAUACAGGUUUGUCCUAAGUACUGUUUUAGUUGUGAACAAAGACCAAGCCCUGGUAUUGUAAAUGUGGUGUGUUUGGAGCUUCAUUUCAAUUCACUGAUAUUCCUUGGAGAACUUCCAGCUCCAGGAAUGUCCCUGUCCCAACCUCACUGAUACAAGAAUCCGAGUCAGAAUUUCAGGUGCUUUACUCACGUUAGUGUCUUAUCACAAAGUUGUCCAAUGUUGCCUUUGAUGGGAUUGAAAAGAAAACACAGCGACUUUUUAUCAUAAGGUGGAGAUUUUUCUUUUUUUGUCUUUUUGCAGACCAAACGGGGUUUAGGCCCUGUCCCUGAUAUUUUGGGUUCCUCCUGUGUCAAUUUGCAAGUUGAUCCUUGGCUAAGAUCCCUGUUAUCAGCAUGAAGGGAAGAGCUGCCGGCGGUGCGCGGGGAGCGGCGGGCGCGCAGCAGCCGCGUCCCUGUGACCGGUACAAACACGCCUGUGCUGUGUGCACGGGCUUCCUUUAUCUCUACGGAGGCCACGGCAGCACCACGCUGAGGGACUUCUGGAGGUACCACACAGUGAAAAAUGAAUGGGAAAUGUUGGAUUGCUCAGGAGGUGGCCCAGAAGAACUGGAAGAACAUUCAAUGGUGGCUUAUAAGGGCAGCCUGUAUAUUUUUGGUGGAAUGGUGGAUUCUGCUUUCACACAAGCAAAAACUCCUCUCUGGAUAUAUGACACUGAUUCCGCAGGAUGGACGGAGAGCUGCAACGAACCAGCAGAGACGGAGAGCUCUGCACCAGCUAACAGAAAAGGUCACAGUGCAGUUGUGUACCAUUCCAGCAUGUACAUCUAUGGGGGUUAUUUUGGCAUCAAAGGCAUUUCUCAGGAGUUUUGGGAAUUCCAGUUUGAUACAAGGAAGUGGUUGUGCAUCUCCAGCCCCUGUCACAGCAGCGGCCCCGGGGCUCGGCACGGCCACUCGGCAGUGGUUUAUCACACAGCCAUGUACCUCUUUGGGGGCCUGAUGGGGCUCACUGAGCAGAGGGACUUGUGGAGGUGGGACUUUGGCAGCAGCAGCUGGUCCAGCAUCAGAACAAGCCAAGGACCUCCUCCGCUGGUGGGUCAUGCUUCGAUAGUCUGCAGAGACUCUAUGCUGAUUUUUGGUGGAGGGAUUUCAAAUUCCAGCCCUAAUGAUGACCUCUGGAAGUAUCAUUUCCAUACGCAGACAUGGAAGAAGCUUACUAGCGCUACAAAGGGAAACUUUUCUCCUAAAAUGUAUCACUGCAUCUUAGGAAUUGGUGUGGAUUUCCAAUCUACCUCAGAUUUCACUGAUACAUUCCCCAGCCACUGCAAGAGGAAGCAGAAGGACCAUGCCCAGCCAGUGCCCAUCCCGAGGUACUCUGGCUUUUGCAGCUACUUCUGCCCACAGCCCAUGGAGCGGAGCAACGCCAUCGAAAUGAAAACCUUCAGCCUGCCCCUGAAGCCAGCAGGACUCCCUGCCUUCCAGACAACUUCAGAGGCAGGACCAGGCCCAAACAGAGACAGGAGCCAUUUGUCCCAGGACAAGCCUCUCCAUCUGUUGGCCUGUUCAGGAGAGGCUUUUGCUGCUGCUCAGGCUGUGGGUGAAGAGGCGAGAACGGACUGUGGGUGUGCAGCCACGGGGGGUGAGAGCAGCAGUACCAACACACUGCUGCUCAUCGGGGGCAAACCUUUGUCCAGCUUCUCUGAGAUAUCCUUCAGGCAAAUGGAGUUUGAUUGCUUGUGAUUGCUUUGCUUGCAAAGUGAAGGAAUAAAUUUCCACCACCGUGGCAGUAGGUGGAAAACCAACUGCUUGCAACUGUCUUCAGCUUCCUAUCAGCACGCUGGGGAAAAAAAUAAUUAAACCUUCUCAUACUUGCUGCGAACAGAUUUUUUACAAUGUUAACAAAACCUGACAUAUAUUUAAGUCACAACUUGCAUGUAAGUUGUGAUUUCUGAGAGGAGCUUGUUGGAAUGCUGCUCUUUUUGUUACUUUUCUCCUGGUCACUUCAUACCCUUUCAAAUUGCAAUGGCUGAUGCUGCCUUGAAAAUCGGAACUGCAGUAACCCAUACCGGCUCCACAAAAUGCCACUUCAGGGGCAAAUCUUGCUCAUUUUGCACUGGCAUAAGAAAGAAACACAGGCACAUUUGAGGGAUUCAAUUAGUCUUAAUAGCAAUGUUCUCUAAGAUUUUAAAGGUUUUAUAUUCUUGAGUUUUCUUUGCACAAUGUAUUUGAAACAUGACAUGACCUACGACAAAGGCACCCAACAGACAAAUCAGCAACUGAAUUCUAGAAGAUAUUGAAGGAUUGUAUGUGACCUUGAGGAAGUGAAACAAUGACUGCCUCCUGAAAAUUGUCAGCAAUGAGCAUAGGAAGGGCAUUAUAUCUGUAAGAACAAAGGAUGUGCCAAAUGAGUGUUGGCUUUAAUGACUGAACACAGAAUCAAAAGGGUAUGAUUUCCCACAGCAGGGUGGGGAUGGAACAGAAAGAGGAGGGCACAAAGCACGGGCUGUUUUGACUGGUAACUCGUGUUUUAGCCACAAAGGGACUUCUGCUUUUCCAACUCCAUCUUUCUUUUAUCACCCUAUGUAAUAUUUGUUACACAUUUCCCCUCUGUACUUGGAAGUCCUGAGUUGAUAUAUGAUUUUUCUUUGCUGAAAAGAAAAAGUGCUUGUUUUGAAGGGUAAUAUUGUCCAGCAUUCAAAGCAUUUAUUUCCACAGAAGUUACUAAAUACCAGCCUUCUGACAGAACAUCAGCUGUCUGUAAGAGCUGCUGGUAUCUGAAAUUAUCUGAAAGUGUAAGUUAAUGCUUCCAAAUAUUAGAAAAGUUCAUUUUAAAAAAGUUUCAUAGGAAUAACCACUUUCAAGCCAUUUACGGAUUUCAAGAAUAUUUACAGAUACUUUCAUCAUCUCUUCACAAGUAACUGUCACAUGAAUUCAACAGGAAAAUUAUAGAUGGAUUUGCAAAAAGCUACUUAGGAGUUAUUUGGCCCAUCUGUGACCCUUACCUGGAAACAGAGAUGAUUGUACACUGCCAUGUGA